GGAGUUCUAAGGAGUUCUAAGGCGUUCUAAAGAGUCCCAUUGCCAUCAUGCUGCUGUCUCUACUGCUGUCCACACUGCUGACCAUACACACCAUGGCUGAGUUGGAGCUGGUGAUCCCCGAGCUGCCCGUGGUCGCCAUAUUUGGUCAGGAUGCCGUGCUGAGCUGUGCGUUCCGCGGGGAGCAGGCGCUAGGCAACCUGAGCGGCCUGAGCGUCUUCUGGCAGCUCACGGACACCAAGCGCACCGUGCACACGUUCACAUCUGGAGAGGACAUGCUGACUGACCAGAUGCCAGCGUACGCCAACCGCACCAGCCUGUUCGGCGUAGACGCCCUGUCGGGGGGCAACGCGUCACUGCUGCUGCGGAAGGUCCGCGUGGACGACGAGGGAAGCUACACCUGCUUCGUACAUGUGCAGAGCUUCGCCUCCGCUGCCAUGCUGCUACAGGUCGCAGCUCCAUACAGUAAGCCCCUGGUGACCCUCCAUCCCGACUCCAACCUGCGUCCGGGUGACCUGGUGGCCUUGACCUGCGUGGCGUAUGGAGGGUACCCCGAGGCAGAGGUCACCUGGCACGACGGGGCUGGACGCAACCUCACCGACAACCUGACAAUCUCACAGGUAGCCAAUGAGGAGGGUCUAUUCAGCGUAAAGAGCGUCCUCACCGUCCAAUUGGAGCCGGACAGCACCUACUACUGCCGACUCACCAACACGCUACUGGGGGACGAGGGGCACGCCUCCAUCACCAUCACAGGUCAGAACAUGGCAUUUCCCCCGGUGCUGCUGGGUGUGACGGUGGGCCUGGCUGUGUGUCUGGUGGUGCUGCUCAUCGCACUGGCUGCAGUGUGUCGCAAGAAGAUCAAAGAGACGUGUGAGGAGCUCAGAGAAGAGGAAGAAGCCAAAGAGUUGGAGGAGGAGGCCAAAGCAGGACUAAGGGAGGCGGCCAAGGCGGCGGCUGCUGCUCCGCUGGAGGAGGACUCGGAGGAGGGCCAGACCCAAGUCCUGGAGCUGUCUGAACGAGACGGCCUCAAAGACACACAGUGAGGGGCAGGGCAGCCAGCGAUCAAUAGGGACACACAGACACACACACACACACACACACACACACA